AACUGUUUUCUUUCCUAUUCUUCUUCUUCUCCUUCCAAAAAUUCCCAGAUUUCCAUAAAACAACUCUCUAUUUCCACAUUUCCUGACUUUCUAAAUUUUAACUUCUUAUUAUUCUUCUUCUGAAUGAUGUUUAUGUUCAUCUCCAAAUACUGCAGUCUGUGUCUUCUUCAUAUAGGAUCGUAUUAUAGAUCAUCAUCCAAAUCUGCUCACUGAUCAGUUCUUGUUCUUGUUUGCUGUUGGGCAUAUAUGGCUACUGGUUGGGUGAAAUCACUACAGUGCAAGUCAAGAGCUUUUGAAGAUGUUUAUGUUCCAAACAACAACACCAGCUCUAAACCUGCUAAUCUUAACCAUCUUCUUUCUUCAUCAAGUUGUAGAAAAAACUUUCAGAAUCUCAAAGAUGUAGUUGAAACCAAUAAGAACAGACCAAGAAACUCAUACCAAUCAACAUCUUCAAAAACAAAGACACACAUAUCAUCAUCAAGAUCAUCGUCAUAUCAUUCAGCAAGAUCAUCAACCAAAUCUGAACCGAGUUCUACUCCGAGUACAACAGCAUCAACAGUAACAAACAGAGUUCAUCAUCUGAAUAGAAACGGUGGUGCAGGAAUAACUCGUUCUUCAGCUGACCCGUUUUUUCCAACACUUACUGAACUCACAGAAGCACAUCCAUCACGUAAUGUAGUUGAAAUCAUCUUCCAUACGAGCUGGUCACCAAAAGCAUUUUCUGGUCGGAUCGAGAUGAUAUUUAAGGUUCAGAAUCUGCCUAAAACCGUUGCCCGUUUUGAAGAAUACAGAGAGAUUGUAAAGUCAAGAGCAGUUUCCGGCAGUCCGGCAGGUAUUAUUCUCAAAGAAGAAGAUGAUCAUGUUAGAUGCAUGGCUGAUGGUAAUGAGAUGAUGAGAUUUCAUUGUUUAGGUCCUACCGCCGGUGCCGUAUAUGAAGCCGGUGGGUUGUGUACUAACUUCUCCGGUAAAGAUUCAGGUAUCUGCACUUUUUCCGGUAGUGGUGGGGCCCAUGAGAAUGCAGGUGGUGGGAAAGGAACCAGGGCUAUGCUGGUGUGUAGAGUCAUUGCCGGUAGAGUUUGUAAACGACUCGGAGUUGAAACGUUUAUGGAUAAACGAGAUGAGUUUGACUCGUUCAGUGGUGGAAUAGAGAGGAAUGGGAAAUUGUUGGUAUUUGAUUCAAGAGCAGUUUUACCUUGUUUUCUUAUCAUCUAUAAGUUAUAGUAGAUCAUAAGUACUGUGUAGUAUAUCAAUGUUUUAACAUCCAUCAGCUCUGUAAACUUUCAGUGGCUUCAUUUUUUUUCUUGUCCUUAAGAGUUCAAGGCUAGGGGGAUUACUAGUUCCAUGAGAAAUUACUAAUCCGGUGGUUUCGGUGAUCUUACAUGGAUUUAGUAAUAUUUGGUGGAAUUUGGUAACCUAUGUAACAGUCACGUUAGAGUUGAUAUAUGCUUCGACAUUAUGAAAUUACCUCAUUUUUGUAGUUUUGUUUUUUCUCUUCUAUUUUUCAUGAAGUUAUGAACAAAGUGUAUUUCUCAUU